GAUAGAUUACAGAGCCACGGAGUAUGGAGUCAGAAAAUUAAACGAAAAUCGAUAUACUGUCAGAUGGGACACCACCAGAGCAGCACCCACCGAAAUUGGUGUUUUCGGAAAAGAAAACUUGUGCCAGCGACAGUUCUCGACUUACAGAUUUCGGCGAUUUGUUGAACGCAUUUUGGAGGCUUCUGAGUAUAACAUUCGCUCAGAUUCCGUAGCAUUCUUCCGAGGAGACAACGGGGCGAAAAUCACAGAAAGGAUCAUAUAUCAUCGGGCUGCCAAAGAGUAAUCAUGUUCGUGAAAAAGUGGAACAAUGUGAACAUGUAGUGUUGUACCGAUGUCAGUUUUCGUUCGAAUAUGGAGAACAGUUCCCCGGUGAACGGCAAACGUGGGUGAUUAUGCUGAAUUGUCUUUCCAGCGCGGAAGCGGUCAAAAUGUUCAAAUCAGUCCCAUUUUCAUGGGCGGCCGAUGAUAGGACAGUGUGGAAAAGUUGGGUGAACUCGCAUUCGGAUGCGCGCUGCUGAUGGAAUCGCCAAGAAACCGAGGCGUGUGGUAGUGUUGCGCGGUGGGCUGUGUGUGAGUGUCGGUUGGUGGUGAAGAGAAAAGCUUUUGUGUGCAACCCGUGAAAAUUUUCUCGGUUUUUCACCAACAUACUUGACGCGAAGCUGGAAAGUGUCCCUUGAUAAGUGUCUUUUGCAGUGCAAUUUCCGUAAAAUGUGCAACGAAUCUAUGAAAUUGUUAAAUUUGAAGGUGCAUAAAUUGGAAUACCGGUGGAGAAAAUGGCUAUCGGUCGUUGGAAAUUGCAAGAAUGUGGCAUGAAAAAUCGGGGAUCAAUCUGUGCUCACGUCGGUCCCAAAAGAUGGAGAGUAAAACAAGGAGUGUAUAUGCAAUAGCAUUUUCAUACAAAAAGUGAUUAAAAUCAAAACUAAUUGAACGGCUAAGUCAGUAAUUGAUGGGUAUUAUAAGUGCAUAAUUUUAAUAAGCAUCAUUUAAUUCAACAAUGCAAACCAACCAUUGCAAUCGUUCGGGAAUAGUUUUGUGAACAUACAACCAGCUGGGAAAUGGAUCUCGUAUCGAAGCUGUAUCCACCGUAGUGCUCAAUGGUCACCAUACCAUAUGCGCGGCCACACAGCAGCACUAUGGAACGGAAUGAACAGAUUGUUGUGCGUGGAAACUGCGUGCUCAUUAGAUCGUAGCAAAAGGCAACUUCUCUUCGACACUGUCCGCUGGCGGAAAAAGUGAAAAUGUUUACCAAAAGCAACCGCGACAUUCGUUUCUCAAGUGUAGCCAACGGUGAAGACAAUGACAACAAGUGUAGCGAAUAUCAGUUUUCAAAAUGUGAAACCAAACUGAAAAAAUACAAGGUGUCCAGUUCCGAUGCCUACCCAUCGGGCAAAUGUGUGAUUAAUGACGAGGGUAAUCAAGUGAACAAUAGCAACAAUAGUGCACAUAGAAGCGGAUAUUUUCUAUAACGAUUGCUCCUCUAACGAAGCAUAGGCGUAGUUGCGUUUAGUGAGUUGUAUAUAGUGUGGAGAAAGGAAAAACCAACUUGUGUAUAUACAGCAUACAUCUGCUAAAGAAUAACGAAGUAGCAUUUAAGUCAUACAUACCUGUAGUGCUUCGUUUUAUGGUUUUGCCAAAUAGAGCAGUUCGAACGGUGCAUAGAAUAAUAAUAAACAAAAGCUUGAACGCUACUGCAAAUUCAGCAGAUAUAAAUAGCUUACACACGUUUACUGAUAAGAUAUCCGAACUUAGAAAUACGUAGCAUAUCGUAUUUCAUUACAUCACUAGGAUAUUACCAAAAUGGCCGAUAUGCCUGAUUUAUCCCAUCUGACACAGGAGGAACGAGCUAUCAUUGAAAAUGUUAUGCUACGUCAACGGCAGGAGGAGGAGCGGGAGAAUGAGAUCAUGCGGAGGAAGCAAGAUGAGGUGGCGACGCUCGUUGAUUCGAUCCGACAGAAAUCAGAGCAGCAGAAAAAGGCCGGCGUGGAACUGGACGCCACCUGUCAUAUUUGCCUCAAAACCAAAUUUGCGGAUGGCAUCGGACACAUCUGCAAUUAUUGCAACAUCCGUUGUUGUGCCAAAUGCGGAGGCAAAGUUACACUACGUAACAAUAAGGUGAUAUGGGUGUGCAUUGUAUGUCGGAAGAAGCAAGAGUUGUUAUCAAAAACUGGGCAAUGGAUCAACAAAAGUACCAGUCCCGAUGGGACUGGUCGCCGAUACGAAGGAGAUCCAAGGGGUUUCCCGCAAACACUUGAUCCGCUCGAUCCCUCCGAUAAGCGACCAAAGUUAGAGCGAGCGAAAAGCGCUGCCGAAAAAGAAAACAAUCCUAUGCAGCGUUCCGGGAGCCAACUCCGACGGCAGUAUUCACAACAAGAUCCACCGCAGCGGCGUUUAUCGCAAUCCGAUAGUGGGGUGGAUAUAUCGAGCGGACCACCGCAAGUACGAUUACCGAUGCCUCGAAUGAACCCUCAAGCGAUACAACAGCAAGGUUCAUACGGCCAGUAUACGCAACAUCCCGGUCUUCCUCAACCGCCCUUGCAACAGUCCCCGUACGGACAUCACCAAUCGCACAUGAAUCCACAAGUACAGAUCACGCGGCCCAGCGGCAACGUGGGGAUGGGUGGUUAUGCACAAGAGGAUCCUAGUUAUUAUCAGGGUGAAAUUGAAGAUCUAAUGCGUGCUCAUCCGCAUUUGGUUCAUCCUCGGCAGCAGCAGCACUACGCAGAAUCAAUGCAAUCCGGAAGUAGCAGCGGGAUUGUGUUGCCACCAGAACCAACGAAAAAACACAAACGCCCGAUGGGUGGUCCCUACCUUCCGCAGCAGCGGUCCUACAGCAGUUCUGACGAAGACAUUCGAUCUACGCCAGAAUAUGAAGCCGGGCACCAAAAACAGUAUUUUGAUAAUCACUCUCGACUGAAUCCAAGCCUAACUGAUUACCGGGCGAGUAAUCUGGAUGUACAACAAAGAAAUAGCUAUAAUAGAACGAAUCACAACCGGUACCAAAGCCAGCAGCCGCACUCACAAUUUCAGCAGCCACUACCGCAGGUAGUGAUUGCCGACAGCACCAUUACUUCGUUGGCGUACAAUAACAAUAAUCAUCACCACAGUAGUAGUCAUCAUCAGCAUAGUCACCAGUCAGUGCCGGAGUCCCAUCAAGCUCAUAAUAGCCAAUAUCAGUUUAUUCAGCAGAACAGUCGAUACAACUCUAGUUCUGCUGGUCAAGACCAGCCGGACCCUUACUGGGAUGACCCGGCCGAUAGUCGUCGUUUUACCGAGCGAAGAAAGAAAACGGUGAGAUUCGAUGGACAGGACACCGAUGACUGGGGGCGAUGGGAGUCGGAACGACAGGGAAGUCAGGACUCAACCACUAAGGAUUCUGGUAUCGACACCAGUAGCACAUUUACUAGUAGCGAAGAUUCAAAUCGUGGCGAUGGCCCUAAGAAUCCGGUUAGUUGGCAAGUGUCAGCGGAUGGUAGCCGUAUGAUUGGUCAUAUGGUAUUGCAAAGAAAUAUAGACAACGAAGACGUUUUAGGAUUGAGAGUACGAGGUGGUCAAGUUCUGCCUCACAACGAAAAGGGAGCGAUUGUUGAACAAGUGCAGCGAGGCUCGAUAGCAGACCAGGAAGGACACAUUAGGCCAGGUGAUGAGGUGGUGGAAUGGAAUGGCCACUCGAUGCGUGGGAAAUCCGCGUCGGACGUAUACGAUAUUAUAAGUGCUAGUAAACGGGAACCGUUGGUAGAAUUGCUCCUAACGCGUGAGAUUGCGAUAAAUCGCAAAAACACUCAAGCAUCUUGGCGAAAAUCUCAUUCUCCAACGCGCAUUCAGACUCACCGUGGAGCAGAUAACUACAGCCGACGAGAUAAGCCAAGUGUACUUGUAACAUCCCCGGGUUCACCAGACUUGCACAGUGUGCGUAAUUACUCUACCAACCUCCGGUACCCUAAUAGACUGACACCGGCUGCGACCGCAUCGCAGCAGGAGAAUAGCGUUGGAGGGCGGGUACAAUUGAAGCUGGGCUUCGAUCCAAGUUCUUUGCAACUGAUAGUGACAAUCGUGGGCGCCAAAGAUCUGAUUCCUAGGCUCAACGGUGCAGCACGAAAUCCAUACGCCAAAAUUUGCUUGCUUCCUGACCGAAGUGAAAAAUCAAAAAGACGAACUAAAACGCUUGCUCUGACCAACGAACCUCGUUGGGGUCAAAUCUUCAUAUACGAGGGCCUCCGUAGGGCCGACCUGCAGAAUCGUCUAUUCGAAAUUACUGUAUGGGAUUAUGUUCGCUACGGCGCUAAUGAUUUCCUCGGCGAAGUGGUUCUCGAUCUGUCUACGUACCCUCUAGACGACGAAGCUGAGUGGCACAGUCUGCAGCCGCAUUCGGAGUCCCUUCGAGAUGCUUUCCGUAGAGACGAUAGAGAACCUGGCAACGAACUGGAUAUGAUUUUAUCCCCGAUCGAUCAUUUGUCGCCACCGAGUACCACUUCAAGGUGCACUGACUCUGACACGACCUCCGAAUGCGAUAUCGAUGGUCUGAUGACUGCCCGCGACGGCGCUAGCGUUUCAUCAUCAAGUCCUCCGCCAGAGGUUGAUCUACAAGAGCGGAGGUCUCGACGGGAUAUGUCACCGCAGGGACGCAAGCGAGUGGCUAGUAUGGUAGCAAAAGACUAUCGAACGGUGUCGGGCGUUGGACAGGGCUUUCAUAAUCAAAUGACAAAUGAGGCAUCCGCUUCCUAUCGUCGAAACGGUACGAUGGCACUGAACCAACGAAGUCAAUCAGCGGCCCCGAGCGACAGCUAUCGAGACGACCGGCGGGAUUCGCUCUCGCCCCAAGAUGAUAGAUAUACCGAAUAUCCAGUUCUUCCAUUACAUCAGUAUGCGCCAAGAUUUCAAUCACGAUCAGCGACAGCGACACCAACUGGUUCACCGAAGAAACGACAAUUACCGCAAGUACCUCACGUGUCACGAAAUGCAGCAAUGCGAGAGCGCUUCGUGCAGGAGUUUGAGGAGCGCAGUGGAGGACGUUUUUCCCGGUACCGACAUCGCCAAAGCCAUCAUCUGCCAACGUAUCGAAGUACGGGGAUGGGAGGAUGGGAACAACGCUAUACCGGACUCUCAGAUAGUGAUCUGACGACACACUCAUUAGACAGUAGAAUUAGACCUAGACACUCGUUAUCUCCGGAUAAGGAUUUUAUGGGUGAUUUUGCUGACUCCGAUAUGGAGUCGGUAGUUAGUGUAACUUCAAGUGCUUUUUCAACUCAGUCGGAGCGACCGCGUGGAUCAAAAGGGAUAAGGAAUUCGCACGUAAGGCGUCUUCAACAUAGAAGUCUCCCAUCGGGUUGGGCAACAACUUCUUUGUGUGCUCUUCCAAGCGAGUACCCAUUCGGGCAACCAGUCAGCGAAGCGGAACAAGAAACAACAUUCCCUGAUGUCACUCAAGCUGGUCUUAUUGCUCCCAAUCUUGAUGUUGCACCUGACCAAAGCUUUGUUCCCUUUAGUGAGAUUGUCCCAGUGCCAACCAAAACCCCUAUUUCACUUCCAAAAAUUCCUAUUUCCAGUGUUGUUGUUCCCUCGGCUACUGAAGAUAAUAGGCUUGUUCCAAGCUCCGCUGUUUCAACCUUUGAACAACCCCCACUUCCUGAGCCAAAUAAUAGCUACUUUAGCAAGCAAUGCAUUACACUUAAUUCAGAUAAGAGCACUAUCCAAAGUUAUGUUGUUAAUCCUGGUAAUGAUAAUGUGAUGACCACUUCGUUUAACCUUUCAAACAUGUCCUCGACGGAUCCUACAUCCUUAGAACUGACAACUGGAUCAUUACCGCUUAGCAACUAUAUGCAGUAUAGCGCCAAUCAAAUGACAACAUCGUUGAAAGGCAAUUCAUUGUGUAAUAAUCAGCAAACACCUGUUGGUUAUCAACGAUCGUCAUAUUCAACUCGUUCGAACACAUCUGAACCGAAUUUAAAUACUGCGAACAUAGUUCCUUGUAUGCCUAGAGAACGUAACUCCGCGCGUAAACAAUUAUUUUGUGCAUCCAAUAACAAUAAUCAACAAGCAUCAUCGGCAGCCAAUCAAAUUAUAAUGAAGUCUUCCUUUUCGGAUCAGUACUUACCGAAUAGUUUCACAUAUGAACAGAAUGAUGGACAAACGGGAAACAUUUGCAUCUCAAACGUUUAUGACCCUAAUACAGGAGUGAAGAACCAAACAAUCACUUGCGUUCGUAAUAGUUCGGAUAAUUUGGGCGGAAGUAACAUCCGCUACUCUAGUAGUCACGACGGAACGGUAUGCGAAUUUUCUGCUCCAGAUCUUCAGUUUAGAACUUCUGUUGGAAGUCUCAUGGAUUUAUAUGCCACGCCUCAGUAUUCUAGCACCAUGCAGGAUUCUAACCAGGACCAGAAUACUCGUAGGAGCGAUGUCUACAAUGUUAGUGAUUUGGAAAAUGAUUUUGGUGUCGUGCGCAGGAAACCUGCCGAUCUGUUAAAAUCUCCCAGUGAAAUACCAUUCUAUGGACGAACUGAAAUUGGCUUCAAAGAGACAUACCUAGGGAGCAUUGUUGCAAGUCAAAAAGAUACAAUGAGAAGAUCGCACUCGUUAAUGGCAAGAGACCAGAUAAUUGACAUUGAAUAUGACUCGGAUACUGGUUAUAAAACUAGAAGCGUACAUAAAAAUAUGAUCACGAGCAGCGUCGAAGAACAAGCAUAUCGAAAACGAACAAGAUCACUUGAUGCGCAUAAUAUUCCAGAAGAAAAAUAUCCUGAUAACUAUUCAGAUGACUUUAGUUCAAAGUCAAGUAUAGAUAAAAGUAACAUGACACUUGACAUUGUCAAAAAUACAGACAUACAGAGUGACAAUAAAAAGGAAAAGCAAAUAAAGAAACAUAGGCAAGAUAAAAAUCCUGAGAAAACGAAAGUCGGGGAAAAGAAGCCCAAGCAACAAACAAAGUCAAAAUCAACUACGUCUUCUGCAAAGAAAAGCACCAAAAUGGUGAAUAAGGCUCCUAGUUCCACUUCACUGGACCGAUCUGGAUCUGCCAAUUCCAAACCAUCUUCUUCUACCGAUGGUCAAAAAAUAAGAUCAAAAAAUGUAGAUAAACCCAAAUUUAAAGAAAUCGAUCCUAAGAAUCAAAAAGCGGAAAGAGAAAGAUCGGACAGCAAAACGAGAGUGGAUGAAAUCAAAAGUGAGAGUGGCAUCCUCUACAGUAGCUCCGAGUCCAUUAAAUCAAUCAUCGAAGAGGUGCGCCUUGAAUUAUUGCAUAAGCCACAAAAAUCCACAUAUUUGAGUGAUGACAGCCCAUCAUUCUUGAAUAGAAGUCACUCGUUUAGCGACGGUGAGACAACCCAUAUCAGAGCCUCAAACGAUAAAUACGAUAAAUACGAUAAAUACGAAUUCGUUGAAGGUCGAAAGCACUACAUCCUUAAGGAAGACAAGAUGAAUCGAAAGGGUAAUUCAGGGAAAUACGAUUACGAGAAAACGGCGGGGCGCGCUCGCUCACUUUCAACAGACAACGAGCAAACAAGGAGACCCAAUAGGGAAGCGUUAGGCGAUAGGACAAACAAAACCGCCAGAGACAUGUUUGCGAAAUGCAACUCACGAAGAUCAAGUGUGGCAACCAAUGAUGAUGAUUCCAACAAAGACGAUCGCAGCGAUGGAAGUGAAGAGGAUGCAUACGACGAUGACGUGUUUGAAAGCCCUUUCUCGAGAGGACGAAAUUCUUCAUUCAAUGGCAAAACUUACUCUAAACGUAGACCUCGGUUAGAUAUUCGUCGCACUUCCAGUUUGGAAGACGUGAAAAAGUUCGUCUCCCAAUAUAACGCUGCCAAAAGCAGUGGUAGUAAACAUGAUUCCACCCGUCAUAGUUCAGUCAGUAUUAAUGAUAAGCCCGAGUACUUUGAGUACAGUAAAUCCCCCUCGCCUUGUCCCAAGUAUGACGCUAGAAAUGCUAAUUAUGCUUCCAAUCGUUCCAAAUCCUCCAAUGGUAUCGCCCUUCUGCAAACCGAACCAAAACGAACCUCGUUGAAAAAACCUUCACCGGGUGGUUCCGUUGCUUCUUCGAAAACGUCCGCAUCGACUUCGCCGAAACCGUCGCGGAAAUCCGGCAAUCUCCCACAACACCACCAAAGUGAUUACGAUAUGAGAGACCGGGGUCGGUACGGCAACAACGGUGGACGAGAUGCGUAUCGGCAGCGAGAUCGUGAGCGAAACAGUAGUGACCACGAGCGAGACCGUCUUAGUGACGGUCGACGAGAAUCGCGGGAGCGUUCUGAGCUGGACCGAAGUCUUUCGAAUAACGAGGGAACGCCCGAGGAUAAAAUAGAUGGUAGUUUAAGCGAUACGGCCGUGAUACAAAGUUUGGACUCUCGGCGCAAGCUGGAUCAACGUUCGCCCAAGAGUGAGACCCCUACGCGGGAACGGGACCUUUUUGGCCCCGGCAUGGGAAAGAAAAGUAGUUCCACGUCGCAACUGUCGGCAACAGACCAAGGAAUAUCGCCAUCUUCCUCGUCGUCUACAUCGCAACGUAAGCGAUCCUCAGCGGGAUCGAUCCAACGAUCGGUUGAAGUGACACCGAUUCCAUCGCAGUCCGGGGCCAAUCGUGCCGGAAGUUUGCAUUCAAUCUCUAGCUCCGAGGGCUCCUCGUGGUCACCAUCGCUACGGAUGACCGGCGACACUGGACCGUUGUCGGACUUCAUCGAGGGUUUGGGACCAGGACAGCUUGUAGGGCGCCAGGUACUGGGCGCUCCUGCCUUAGGUGAUAUUCAACUGUCUAUGUACUAUCAGAAGGGUUCCUUAGAAGUUGAAGUGAUAAGAGCGAGAGGUUUGCAGGCACGUCCUGGCUCAAAAGUACUUCCAGCGCCUUAUGUUAAAGUGUAUUUAGUUUCCGGUAAAAAGUGUAUAGAAAAAGCUAAAACAACGACUGCUAGGAAAACGUUAGAUCCAUUAUAUCAACAACAAUUAGUGUUUAGAGAACCGUUCGCUGGCUGCAUUCUACAAGUGACGGUGUGGGGUGAUUACGGACGAAUGGAGGGCAAAAAAGUGUUCAUGGGUGUAGCUCAAAUAAUGCUGGACAACCUAAACCUAUCACAUUUAGUCAUCGGAUACUACAAACUGUUCGGAACCACAUCACUGGUCAGUGGACCACCUAGUUUGGGUCUAUCUAGGCGAUCCUCAAUUGCAUCACUCGAUUCACUUAAGCUUAAAAAUAACCUUGAUAAACCUCAACAUAAGUUUCAUCGGCGUACCUACUAUCUGGUUUACCAAAUCCGCAUCCUUAUUUUUCGUACAAUCCAAGCCACAUCAGUUAGUACUAGGAAGCCAAAUACCGACCGUAACGGCAACAUGUUCCAGUAUAGGAGACUAGACUAAAAACAAAUUAACAAAUUCAACCCGUGGGUGAAAGCGAUAUGCAACCAAACAAAAACCAAAAAAAAAAAGUGAAACACAGUCACACACGAACACGGAGAGCGAGAGCAAUUUUCAGAUUUUUCGCGUAUUUAUUAAAAAAGCAAAAGUACAUCUAAGGAAACAUGAAACUCAAAUCUGUGAAUUUAUUAAAACUAAUAUUAAAAAUAAACAAAAAACAGUAAUGAUACAAAUCAUAAAAAAUACAACAUCAGACGAUUCAUAACAAAGCAAGUGCAUAACUACUUUGUGUAAAGAUGAACAAAUAAUCAAGCCUUCCAUUAUAUUUAUGACAACAAGGAACAUUUAAUUAUUAUCAAUAAAUUUAUCAAAACAAAACUUUUGACACUUAAUAAACCCAGCAUACGAUCCUAAACUACGUCAUUCUUAUUCUCAUUUUUCUUUUCAAUUGUAGAUCCAACCAAAAGUAUCUUAUCGUAAAACACAUUCGUUCCCUCUCAGAUAAUUUUCGCCAAAUUAACACGCAUUUUCAUGUAAUUUCUCUUUCCUACUUCACAUAAAAUCUCAUAAGACUAUAGGAAGAAAAAUAAAAACAAACAAAACAAAGCGACCGCCACUUAGUGUACAGCUGGUAUGGAACAGGAAAACAAACUUUUUCAUGAUGAAGAAAAAACACGUUAAAUAUAACUCAUUGAACAAAGAAAAUUUGUAAAUUUACUAACGCAUAAUAGAAAGAAUCGAAUGCGAAGUUAUCUUGUAAAUAUGAAUUGAAAUUAAAGAAAAUACAAAACCUACAUGAGUAAUGGGAGCGAAGAUUUGCACUCAUGUACUCACGCUAAAAAACAAAAACUGAAGGCUAAAGUUGGAGCGAUGUAUAAAUUAAACAAAUAAAUUCAACAUAAGUUUUGCCUUAGACUCCUACCAAAUUACGCGAAACCGAUGUCAUCGUGGCCCAGAGAAGAUGCAGUUUUGAGCAGUGCAGAGUGUCAUCGAUAACAGCACAGCACGCUCGAAUGAUGUUACAAGUAGCAUGUAUGACAGUUCGACUCGUUUAGUAAUGCUGAAUUUGCCUCUUUUGAGAUUGGAUCACCAAAAGGACACACUGCCAAAAGUAAGAGUUUGUUUGCAGGCUGGGGUUGAAAACCAAAUAAUGCUUCGGUAGAUUUGGGCUUUAAUAACUCGUUGACAAAGCCUCCAAUUUCGAUCACUUUUCGAAAUAAAGUCUCAUUUAAUUUUUAAUACCUUUGGGACGCAUUCUCGUUAUCUCGACCAAUGGAUGCAGGGAAGACAGUUAUCUUCAAUAGAAUGUUUCGACAUUCUGGCUACAACGUGACUUGGAGCAAAUAAAUUAAUAAUCUAGAGGUACAAUUUAUUACAGUUGUCUUGGCUGAACAAACGGUGAAAACUGUCCUUGAGUUCUGCUUAUUAAAACUACUCGUUCAUGAUCGAAUGUAUCUUUUCUAAAAGGUCGGGAGCAGUUCUUGAGAAAAAAUACGUUUGAGUCCCGUAAGUCACCGAUAUUCAUAAAGUCGUUUUCACAUAUCAAUUCUCUUUGGCCGUGUGGUGGCUGCAAUGCUAUCAGUAUCAACGAAUUGGAUUUUUAGCUGCACCAAACUGCUCUUCUGUAAAUAGUUGGCCGGUAGUAUGAACCCUUUUGGUAUCCUAUAGUCAUUGCUAUUUAAUUGAUUAUUGGUUUUAUUGAUUUGUUUUUUACAGAAACUUUUAUUUUUUGAACAUAGCCAGACACUACACGUUUUGUGCAUCUAGUGAGCAUUUUACUCUUUGAAGGAAGCACUACAAGCGGUCUAGCAUGCAACUUACAUUGGUUCUGCUAAACAUUUUUUUCCUAACAAAAUAUUUACGACUGAAGUGGUUAUCGAACUCACACUCCGCAGCAGUUUUAAUGUCUUUAUAAGUCCAUCAAAAACUGUCCCAUGGAUUUGACAUGUAUUCUAUUUUCUAGUCACGAUAUCUAAUCUCUAAAGAAAUGUUUUUUAAAAUUUUGAAUAACUUUUUCCAAGAUUUUUUUUAAUACUAAGUUGAACGAUGUUUCUUACUAAUGUUUUCUUUUCGUAAUUAAGAACAACAUGAACAUCGAGACAAACUGUCGUCAAAUGCGUAAAAUAUCCCUCAACCAAAUAUAAACGGAUAACAAAAACAUAUGCCAUGGCGUGCUGUUGAAGUACAACUCAUGUCACUUGAUGAUCAUCGAACGGUACCAUUCUGCAGAGGUAAUCGCGUCCUUACCUCCACAGAGCUUCGUAGUAUCGAUUAAAAAACAGUGCAUCGGAACGCAUUUCACGAAAGCGAAACAAAACCUUAAAAAUAAAAUAUUUAUCUUUAAAUGAAAACAAGCCAAAACCAUAUCUUUAAUAUAAGAAACUUUAAUAAUUAAUUGACAUAAAAAUACACAAGAGCAACACAGAACAAGUAACGCGAACGUUUCAUUUGACUUAUUACCGCUAAAGGAAGGCUUAUUGGGAAUUGACAUUAAAUUUGAUUUAUCAACAAAAGAACUGGUAUAAAAGAAUUCGACGAGAAGUGGCGACACGAUUCAAAAAACAUAUUUUUCUAAAUCUAAAUUGUGGUCAUUGGAAGAUGAAUGUAAAGACUAAAAAAUCACCAAUCAGCAGCCAAAGCUUUUGAACAUAGGAAUCAUGAAGGACGAAGUAAUCAGCAUCCCAUGGGGCCGCAGAAUAGUUCAAAGCACGCUGCUUAUCAAAACGCGUUUGAUUUUUACGAGAAAAAUCGAACACAUCAUUCCAAAAAAUUUACAUUUUUAGCAUUCACUGCAGCGUUAUCGAAGGUCAUAUCACCAAAACUUUACCACAAGGUUUUUUGGUUAUAACAAUCAAGUAACCAUACUAGUUAAAAUGUUUUGUUUGAUUUGUUGUAUAGAUUUAUCUGACUGAAGUUUUUAAUUAGUUGAGUAUAGCAGAUUUUAUAACAUGUUGAAGUAGUUUGCUUAUUGGUUGAAAGGAGAUCCCUUCUAUAAUUUAACACAAAAAUUCCUAAUCAAAUUACACUACUCAAUCAGUUGCAUGAUACAAUCCCUCAGACAGUAUAAUAAAUAGCUAUUAGGGCAAUCUUCUUAACUGGAAACAAGGAUUGUUUGCGUCGAACUUUCCGCAUAUAUAAAUUAGAACAACGAAGUUUCACUUUAUGCUUUCAGGUGGUAACAUAUAAGGCACGUAGAAAUUGUACAUUUACUUCCGCAAAUAAAAUAAUGACCAAAAAAGUGUAAAUGAUUAAAUUUGAGUGUUGCCCAUUGAACUUCUCUGAAACUUUUGUGCGCAUCUCUGAUCCGUCCAUCGAUUCUUGUAAAUGCUAUUGGAACACUUUCAAGAUUUAACAAAAUUAUCUCCAUACUAGACAGAGAGAAACUAAAUUCGCCUCCCGACAAAUUUUGCGUUAAGGCUUCGAAGGUACAGCGCACGUAUUGGAGCUUGCAUCCUAUUUAUUCCCACGUGUUUAAUUUUUCAUUCAACAUUUCAUUAGAAUAUAACCAUUGGAAGGAGAGGUGCACGCUUGGGAAGGAAUCGAAAAGAUGAAUGAAACCAUUUUUUAAGAUGCUAUUUUGUAGAUCUAGAGGACUAGAAUACGGAUAACAAAUGGCCUACUGAAAGUAGUUAUUUUAGUUGUCAGUCCUACUGAAACAACAUUUUUGUUUCUGAAUGGCAGCGAUCAGGAAGGGCAAUCGAUUCGCUAUUACCUCAAUUGAUUCCUCUGAAGUUUAAUUCAGAUUUCGGAUAUGAUUUGGACUAAUCACAAACAUCUUUCCAAUCAAUUCGAGCAGAUGAGUACAUUUGUUGCAAUUCUCUUUUUCUUAACCACUUCAUGCGAAAUGUAAAAAGUUGCAACGACCUAUUUACUUCAUAGUUCAAGAAAGCUAUGAUCACUUGAUUCAGUCAUUUCAUUACUAAAAGUGCUACUUUUAGAGGAACAGUUUGAGAGAAAAUCAUACACAACCCGAAGGAUACAAGAAACGACAUGGAGAGUGAAAAGCGCUGAAAGAAGAAUGAACAUAUUUGAAUAAAUUGAUAAAUGAUAAGUUUUAUUUAUUUUCUUAUAAAAGAAAAGUACUAGUAAGCAAACUAUUCAAAACAAAAUGCGAACCAGAGACAAACAAGAAAAACAACAGAAAACCAAUCCAAAAUAUUGAUUUGAUUACACUUAUUUAUAUACAUAUUGAAAUGAUCAGAGAGUAUGGAAAGAAACCCGCGAUUACUAAGUAAAUUAUUAAGAGAACUAGGGUCAAGUAAAAUAGUGCGUCAAAGGAAACAAAACAAAAAAUGAACAUAAUUCAAGAGAGUAUUGUAAAUUAAAAUUUCUAUUAUUAUUACCAUAUAUAAAUAUACUGAAAAUAUAUAUUAAAAAUGUAUCCCCUCUCGGCUAAGGAAAUGUCGAGAAACGACAAUAAAACUGUGAAAAUUGAAAAAAACGAAAAAA